AUUAGAAACUUGUCAUGGAACACCACAGAUGAUAGUCUGCGAACUCGUUUCAGCGACUAUGGCAACAUCCUGGAUUCGGCAAUUAUGCGAGAUCGAGACACCGGUCGCUCACGGGGCUUUGGAUUUGUGACAUUUAGCAGUUCGACGAAAGCCAGCAAUGCAAUUGGUGCUAUGAACGAACAAAAUAUUGAUGGAAACCAAGUCAAGGUCAACAUGGCUAGUGCCCGUCCUACUGGCAACAGUGGUGGUGGCUAUGGAGGAGGUGGCUACGGCAAGGGAUAUGGACAGGGAGGAUACAGCGGUGGUUAUUCAAAUGGAGGAUAUGGUGGAGGUGGAAGCAUCUAA